AUGCAAAACUUGGUUGAUUCAAGUGUGUUCGGAGCUCUGGGGGGGAAGAAAUCUCAGAAUCAAAAGGCCCCUGGGGGUAUCCGCCGCUCAGGUGCUGUAGCAAAGCGAGAUUCAGCCCAAGAAUCGCCAUCCUCUUCGAAAUCCCUUAGCACACCGAAUGUAGCUAUUGAGGUACCAGGAAAAGGAAAAGGAAAAGGAAAGCAACCCCAACAAACUAUUGCAGAGGAAGAAGAUUGGCCUUUCCGAGAUUUUCUACAAUCCGGCUCUGAAAGUUCGCCACCGAUAUCGCCGCUGCUGUCUCCAGUGUCUUCACCUAGUACCACAACUAGUAAAUAUGUGGACGCUCCUGUCGACGAGCGUGACGAAAUUAUCGAAGCCUUAACAUCUACGCUAGAAAACGAGCUUUAUUCCAAGACCAAAGCACGAUGGGGAUUAAAUGAAGACUACCUCGAAGAACUCGAUACCAUAGCACCAUCGAUCCUCCAAGAAAAGUUCCACGACAAAAUCACUGCCAUCAGCACAAAAUUCUUCCCGAAAAGUAUUACGUGGAAAAUCCUCAGCAGCCAAUUAGCACCGAGAAUCAAAAAUCUCAAAAAUAUGAGCUACUUCCCAGAUGGUGUCAAACUUCCCUGUACGCCAGAAACUUGGGAUGCGGUUCAACAACAUCCCGAUAUGACAUCCAGUUUAUUCGUAGAAGGCAUUAUUUCGAAUACCCUCGCAUAUCGGAUGGGUGAUGCUCCAGUCUUUCAAGCAGAGGGUUUACUCGGUAUAGACUUAGGGAUUUUUCACUAUCACUGCAAGGCAAUAUAUCCAGGAGGGCCCCAAGGGGCUGAAUGGACUGCCUUAACUCUUCAAAUGAUAGAGAAAAUGCUACAAGUAUCGAACGAAGCCGACUUCAAGCAAAAGAAAAUCUCAGAUAUCAAAACCGUCGAACAGUCAAAUCAAACGAGGAAGUUUACGAAAGAGUGGGAUACGUUACAAGAGAUGGCGCAGGACCUAGUGUCUGAGGCCUUCAAGCUAUCGAUCCAAUGGCACUCUAAGCCUUUGUCAUUUGGGCAACAUGGCAUGUCUUGGUUCUCACAUAGGACUAUUCAAAAGUGUUCGAAGAUAUUAGGCUACAAUCUGGACGAUGAGAGCACUAUUUUAAACUGGGAAGAAAGAUUCUACGGUCAAGAAAAAAAUGUAAUUGCAGUGAUUUCGCCAAUGUUCUUCAGGGAGGAGUGGGACGGUCUAGGGAAAGCGCAGUCGCGUGUUAGGGUUUGGAAAGAACCCAGACUGCUAGUAACUGGUACCCCCCGACUUGGUAUAACUUGA